AUGACCCCAGGAAACAGCAGUGAUGCUCUGGCCUUCCUGCUGGUAGGCAUUCCUGGGCUGGCUGAUCUCCACCACUGGCUUUUCAUCCCUUUCUCUCUGAUGUGUCUCAUUGCAAUGGUGGGAAACUGCACCAUCCCGCUGGUUGUAAGAACAUAUCAAAGGCUACAUGAGCCCAUGUACUAUUUCCUUUCUAUGCUGGCCACCACAGAUCUGUGUCUGACCCCGUCCACCCUGCUCACAGUGCCACGUGUGUUCUGGGUGAAUGCCAUGGAGAUCAGCUUCCCAGUCUGCCUCACUCAGAUGUUCUGCAUCCAUGCCUUCUCCUUCAUGGAGUCCUCGGUGCUUCUGGCCAUGGCCUUUGAUCGCUACAUGGCCAUCUGCUACCCACUGAGAUAUUCCUCCAUCUUUACUCCUACAAAGAUUGCAAAGGUGGGACUGGGGGUUGUCUGCUGAUGCACUCUGACACUCUUCCCAUUAAUCUGCCUUCUUACACGGAUGUCAUUCUGCAGGUCCCAUGUGCUUUCUCACUCUUAUUGCCUGCAUCAGGAUGAUACGGCUAUACGGCUGGCAUGCACAGACACCACACUGAACAGCCUGUACGGCUUACCUCUGGUGCUGCUGAUAGUGAUCCUCGACCCAGUGCUUAUCAUCGUGUCCUACAUCAUGAUCGUUAAGACUGUGCUGGGCAUUGCCUCCAGGGAGGAACAGGCCAAAGCCCUGAACGCUUGUGUAUCUCACUUCUGUGCUGUCCUGAUUUUGUACGUCCCCAUGGUCGGCCUGUCCAUUAUACACUGGUAUGGGAAGAAUGCUGCACCCAUUAGCCAUGUCCUCAUGGCCAACAUAUACCUUUUCAUCCCACCUGUGUUGAACCCCAUCAUCUACAGUAUGAAAAUCAAGCACAUUCGCAAAGGUGUCGUCAGGCUCCUGUGUCAAAGGCUGGCCUGGCCUGGCUGUGGCCAGCAGCCCUGGAGUCAUUAA